AUGUCCCUGAGGAAAUCCACCCGCCUGUCCGCAACUCCUUCGUUGAACGUCACCACCAACGGAGCACCGUCAAAUGCAUCUGGACCGUCAUUUGGCCAGUCGACAAGCAGAAGCCCUACUGGCUCAACUUUUGGUAGUCAGAGCGUCAACGAUCCGUCCACCUCCAUCAGUGAUCCCGACGAUUACGGUGAGGCUGCACGGGAAGCUCCACAAACCAUGUCGUCAACAAAAAUUACAACAAAGUCCUUGACACGACUCGAUGAUGAUUCAAGCCCCCCGCACAACAAUAGACGUGCUUCAGGUCGUCUUCGAAAACCGACCGAAAAAGCUCAGGCUUUAAGUGGGGUGAAGCCUGUCUCGUCGCCACCUUCGGACACCAUUGUCAUCAGCUCCUCUCGGGCCGCCGAAGAGCAUUCUCAGUCUCAAAGGCAUUCGACACCGCCUCAACCAAGAAAAGAGGUAGCACAGGAACCUCCCCAGGUUGCAGAAAUUCCGGAAACCCCAACCAUCACCAAAGCGCUCGCUGGGUCGCCAUCUUCAGACAGCCUAGAAGAAAUCCCCAACGCCGAUGCCACCAAUAAUGAUUCACCCUCAAGGAGGGUGUCACAGCGCGAACGGAAGCCGACGGCAAAAAUUCUGGAAACCAGUUCGACGCCAGCACCACCGGCAAUUGCUACCACCAUCGCUACAACCAGCGCCACCUCAUCCCCCGCGCCACAGAAACGUCUGGCGACUGAGAUACCGGAUCCGCGACCACGGAAGUCUGCUCGAGUCUCCCAUUCGGGCGCCAAUGUCCCUUCCAAACUUCGCUAUUCGUUGUCUUCCAGCGCUGAAGAAGAAGCGACAGUGGCCGAUGACCAAGCCGAGAUACCCGAGACGCCGGCCAAGUCGAAGAUUAUUAUUUUGAAGUUUAAAAGACCAACCCAGCCCAUCGAGGCACCUCCCAGAAGAGAAGCAAAAAGGGUCGGUCGUCCACCAUCAAAGAGACUCAAACGGAAGACUGUGGACGAUCCACCGACCAUCGACGUUGCGACGCCAUCUUUGCCAGCCGUGCCACCCCGAAAUACAUGUGACUUGUUUUGUCUUUCGCCCUCUGCGCGCAUUCUUGCAUUUGCAAAGAUUGCCCUACAGAUGCCGGAGUCAGAUGACGAAGAGGGAGACGAUGUCCUGCCGGGCAGCGCGCAGGACUGGCACGUAUACACACAUCAUUGGUGCCAGUGCAGGAAGCCACCACCCUUGAAACCAAUGCGCACUAGUUCGGAAGAGCUCGCACGGGCGCUGAUGCCCAACACGGUUUCAGACGGCACCAAGCAGAACCCUGUCGAUUUGACGCAACCGGCGGCUUCUCCAGAAGUCGAACUACUAUCGGCGCCGGUCAACACUAUUCUUCGUGCGACUGAUGCCGAACGACUGUCAAAGCUAUUCGGUCCUCCUGCGGCUGAAACUCCGGCUAGGAGUGGUGGCCUGACGUCAAGUCCAUUGACAGAACACGGGUUUUCAAACUCGCAAGUCAGGUCCUCUGGCCCAAGCCGAGCCGGAUUGCAAGAGAGUGUGAAUACUUAUUGUUCUCCGUCGCUACCUGAAUCCACCUCGGCGAAGAGGAGUUACGAAGACCGCAUUCGCGAAGACUACGAAGCUUUGACGAAGAUCAGGAAGAUGGCCGAGGCGAUGGGGGUAUCGUGGGAUUUUAAUAUGACUUACGACGACAUCAACAAUGCACUCAUGCGUUCCGAGGGGCAUUCGGCCACAAAGACAUCCACUCACGGCCUAUCUGAGGGUGUGUAUGAAACUCGAGACAUCUACGGACAGAAUGCUGGUUUUGGUGUGCUUUACCCACCACUGCAACACCGCUCGAAUGGAUUGUCCUCGGUCAAUGGCGUACGAGGAAACAGUCGGGAAAACAUCAAAGAGUAUGGUACGCCUGGGAACCUGGAACGUCAAACUGAGGCAGUAUACGGAGCCACAUCAACCGAACGCAUUUCCGGAGAUGGAGGUGCUUCUAGCUCUAAAGCCCGCCGGCAGUCAUCGCCUCCUCGACCCAAGAGCUCAAGAUUCAGAGUUGACCCAAGGGGGCUGAGAGGGGAAUCGCCAGGGCCGGGAACGAUUAUUAACAUUGAUGAAAACAAACAAGGCUCUAGAAAACGAGCCAGGAGGUCAAGAGCAGCAGCAUCAGAAGUACCGGUUGAAAACAGAAAUUGA